UAUGGAGAAGAGUGCAGGAGUAAAACAUAUCCUCCUUCAGGACCAACGUUCAAAGGGAAUGUACCCACAUAUGUCAUAAAUCUUGAUUUACCUCCCAGCAAAAGAUGGGAUAACUUGAUGCAUGACAAAAAGACAGAGCUGAAGACUGUGGUCCAGAAUAUUAAAGAUAUAGCAAAUACCUUCUUCCCCAGUGGCAAAGUUGUUGACAUAGUGGAUAACAAAAUAGCUCAUCUGACCGCCACGCUUCCUUAUCCUUUCAAUGAAGAACUCCAAGGGAUUUCAAAUUCAUCUGGGAUUCCUUUGGGGGAAAUUGUUAUUUUUAACAUCUUUUAUGAAAUUUUUACUGUAUGUACAUCAAUAGUGGCGGAAGAUAAAACAGGGAAGUUGUACCAUGCCAGAAACUUGGAUUUUGGACUCUUUCUCGGGUGGGAUGUUAAAAAUAAUUCCUGGACUAUCACUCGGGAACUGAAACCUAUAGUGGUAAACUUGGACUUCCAGAGAAACAACAAAACAGUAUUCAAAUCUACAAAUUUUGCGGGAUACAUAGGCAUGGUGUCUGGAGUCAAACCAGACUUGUUCACUCUGACAAUGAAUGAACGUUUCAGUCUUGAUGGUGGUUAUAUUGGAAUCUUCGAAUGGUUUCUUGGUAGAAGAGAUGGUAUGUGGAUGGGCUUUCUUACAAGAACAGUAUUAGAGAAUGCUACGAG